AUGUCAGAGGAUCUAGCAAAGCAGCUGGCAAGCUACAAAGCUCAACUCCAGCAAGUCGAAGCUGCAUUGUCCGGAAACGGAGAAAAUGAAGAUUUGCUAAAAUUAAAGAAAGAUUUACAAUGGCUCUCUGCAUCCCCGAAACGCCUUCCUUCAGUAAGCAGAGUGCUUGAGUGCACCCUUUGACCUGCUGAUAUGUAGAUCACAACAUCUGAUGCUUCCUGGAAUUGCCGAUUACUGUAACUGCUGCCCAUCUGUCGAUGAAGGAGCAGUUUCAGAACUCAGACUUGGGGGAGGAAAAGUAAUUAAUGGAAGUUAUAGAACUAACCAAAGACCUUCUGUCAACUCAACCUUCUGAAACUCUUGCAAGUUCAGACAGUUUUGCUUCUACCCAGCCCACUCAUUCAUGGAAAGUAGGAGACAAGUGUAUGGCAAUCUGGAGUGAAGAUGGACAGUGUUACGAAGCGGAGAUCGAGGAGAUAGAUGAAGAAAACGGCACCGCUGCCAUCACCUUUGCUGGCUACGGCAAUGCGGAAGUGACCCCGCUGUUGAACCUCAAGCCUGUAGAAGAAGGAAGGAAGGCAAAGGAGGACAGUGGCAAUAAACCCAUGUCAAAAAAAGAAAUGAUUGCCCAGCAGCGUGAAUAUAAAAAGAAGAAAGCUUUGAAAAAAGCACAGAGAAUAAAAGAACUUGAGCAGGAAAGAGAGGACCAGAAGGUUAAAUGGCAACAGUUCAACAACAGAGCCUAUUCUAAAAACAAAAAAGGCCAGGUAAAAAGGAGUAUUUUUGCUUCACCUGAGAGUGUAACCGGAAAAGUUGGAGUAGGAACUUGUGGAAUUGCUGAUAAACCUAUGACACAAUAUCAAGAUACCUCUAAAUACAAUGUCAGGCAUUUGAUGCCUCAAUAAUCAGAAGAACUGUUGGAUUUCAUCUCUGCAGGGCUUUACAUUUACCUUUUUAUCCUUAUAUUUUUCUAAAGGUAAAUUAUUUGUUAGAUGAGUAAGGAAGAUGCCAUUGUCGUCCUUGUUUGACUUCAAUAGAAUGAAACUUGAAGAAAUUGCAUUUGAUAACUGCUAUUCAUUAACUUUUCGUUACUACUACCAGUUUCCUCCAAGUUUGUUGAAUAAAGCAACUUUUCUAGAUAGAUGCUGCAUAAAUACAGCACUUAGAUGAAUUGUUGAUUUUCCAAAUAUCAGGCCCUUACUUAAUGGAUGGUGUGUACUUUUUGUAAAGUCCUAACCUGGAAUUUUCAGAUGCUUUGAACUUGCCACACACUGUAGUAAUUCACUGGAACAGCAAGGCAAAACACCAACCUAAAGAGAUCUUUUUUUUUUUCCUUCAACUUGAACCUAGCUGUUGCUAAUGAAGCCUAAAAGUAGGUUAAUUUGAUUAAAAUUUAAACUUUGUUUUGAGUUUUUUCCUUAAUAAUUUUGUUUCCUAAGCUUAUUAGGCUGUUUCUAAAAUUGAUCCAGCUCUUAAAACUUUUUCAUUGAGUUUUAAUUUCAUGUAAGAACCAUGUUUAGGACCAGCUUCCUUUUCUAAGGACUUUUUGUUGUUUUCUGGUUUUGGUUUUGGUUUUUUUUCCCUUCUUCUUCUUUUUUUUUUUAAAUGUUUGCGCUUUUCCUGUGUUGAUCUUUCCCUUAUGGUAGUGGUACCAUUUUUUGGAUGUGUAAUGUUUAUAUAAGAAAACAAAAAGCUGAUGUAUAGCCCUGUAUACAGUGUAGAUACUAUUUUUGUAAAAAAAAAAACAAAAAAAACCCACCCAAGGCUAAAUUAAUGAACAAGAGUACUGAAUGUUUCAUCAUUAAAAAUUUAUUGUAUUUCUUGUGCAUUAAUCUCACCAGAAUUUCCCUGUAUAUUAUGUUCAUGUAGAGGAGUUUGUAAUUUUUGUUAACUAGAUCAAGUUGUCAGCAUUUGUUGGUAUAAGUGAACAUCACAGUAUCCUGAGUUGAGUUUAAGCCAAAUAUAUGCAUAGUAAAGUGUCUUCCUAUUAAUGGAAGAUGGUGAUUUUUAGGGUAUGUGUUAAUUUCAGUUUUUGUAUGUUUAACUUUUAUUAAAUAAAGGGUGUGUUACCAGAAAGGUGGUGACGUUCUAGCUGGCAGCAUUGAUACAGUGAUUAAGCUUCAGUAUUCUUGCUUGCAUUCAUCCUUUCCACAGGCGAGAGUAUUGAGUAUGUGACAAAGAUUUCAGUAAAUCCUUGUGUACUUCGAUUAGACAUGAGAAAUUGGAUCCUCAAGGACAAACUAUUUUUAUCUUAAGGGCUUGUACUGUGUAUAGAGGUGUUUGUACAUAUUUAGUUAAAGGAGAAAAUAAUUUUAAGACUUUAAUAUUUUGGCAAAUUGAAACUUAGGGAAGGGAAUACAGUGUUGAGAAGUAGAGUUCUUUAUCUUGUCCCUUCCCCUCCCUCCCAACCCAGGAGGGUCAGUUUUCCUUCCUGUAAUUUAUGGCCACAGGGUAGAGCAUGUAGGACAGAAUGAAAAGUGAAGUCUUUUUUAAAUACAAGGCACAAAUUAGAGCAGUAGAGGGCUACUUAGCUUGAAGAACUCCUAAAAAUAUACUGUUCUUGUUACCAGUGUAACAAAUCUCGUAAUAAUGGUAUCUUUGAAGGAUUGCAAGGGAUCCCUUUAAAUUCAGAAGCACUUGGAAAGAAAUUUGGUACGAUGUUAGACUACAUAGGAUGGGUUUUGGUGAGAUCACCUUGGUACAUUUGUUGGUAUAGUAAUUUACCUGUUAUUUGUAUAGGCAAGACUCUUGUGUUGAGACUUGUAUCUCCUUUGACCCAAGGGCCUGCCUUUCUGCACAUGAGUUUUCCUGGAGGGGCUUUGUAGGAGAGAGAGAAGGAAUAAUGACCAUACUAUAUAAAACAGUUAAAAAAAAAAAAAGUACAGCAUGAGAUCCCUAGUCUCUGUGUCAAAAGAUGUAGAUGUGGCCCUUUGAAACGUGCUAGUGUCAAGUUAACGAUCAUGUUUCUGGACUAAACUAAAAGGAUCCCUGGGGGGAUGGAGCACCUUUCUCCUAGUGUGAUGCUUUCAUGAGAAGCAUGAUACCAGUGAUAUUUUACAAGGGAAGGUGGUUAAUAAGUUCAAUAUUCUAAAACCAAACAUGACACUUUGUGAUAUAUAGAACCCUCUGUUACAAAAUUUAAUGUAGUUUCCCCAUCAAAAAGGGAGUCUUGAAGCUGAAACUCAGAAUGAGUUCCUGACAUGAGUGAUACACAGCCUCCAAGUAGCUGUGGUUACACGGAUCUUCUCAAAACUUGACAUUUGACUUUGUUAUUGAUCAUUUCAAGAAAGAACAGGCCUCAUACACCCCCCCCAAUAAUAAAUUUUAGUAAUAAUAAAUUUAGUAUCACAGACAACAAAUGCUUUUUUAAUUAACAUGUAGAAAGACCAUACUGGAAGAGCAAGGCCUCCGGAGCCAGAUUGCUGUUAGAAUCCUGGCCCCUCACUUUUACCUGUGUGCCUAACUCUUGUUUAUCUUAGCUUUCUCAGCUGUAGAAUAAAAAUACCAGUUUCAUUAUGUAGUAAAGAUGAGUGAGUUAAUUAGUAAAGUGCUUAUUAGAAUACCUGAAAAUGGUACACACAGUAGAAGUGUUUGCUAUUUACUGUGCAAGUGGUGAUGGUGACUUGUUUUUCCUUAACAAUGACAAUUCACAUCAUAAUGGAUAACAACGUCCAUUGCUUAUAAUUUGAAGCCCAUAAUUAUAAAUGUAUUACUGAAAUGCUGUCAAAUUACCAAAGUGAUUAAAUUCAGUACGUGCUAAUAGAUGUUUAAAUUUUUGUAUUAGGCAAUUAUACGGCAUGUCUCUGAUGGGAAAGGAGUACAGGUUAAAAUAAAGUUACCCUAAUACUUGCUUAAAAUUAAAAGAGGGAUUCCUGGAUCUGGGUCUAUUCCAGGCCGCCAAAGUAGAUCUGUUUUUGACAAACACCAGAGGUGAUUCUGAUGUGCAUCCCCUGGCCUAGAACCAUGUUUUAGGUUAAGUACAAAAACAGUUUGACUUUUGAAAUGAAGGAAAAAUUACUAACGGGCAAUUUCCUUAGCCCAAUUAUUAAAAUUAGGCAUCAGAGCAAAAUGAAAUGCAUCUAUUUAUCACUCAUUAUUUUAGUAUGCUUUGUCCCAGUAUAUGUGCAUGUGGGUAUGUUUCCAUUACAAUGCAGUUUUAAUGCUGAGUGUAUCUGCCUUUAAAAUAGUAGGAGAAGAGGCACCUGGGUGGCUCAGUGGGUUAAGUGUUCAACUUUUGAUUUUGGCUCAGGUCAUGAUCUCAGGGUUGUGAGAUCGAGCCCUGUGUGGGGCUUCACACUCAGCUGAGUCUACUUGAGAUUCUCUUUCCCUCCUUCUGGCCCUCCCCUCUUCCUCCCACUGCUGUGUGCAUGUGCUAACUCUCUCAAAUAAAUGUUUAAAAAAAAAAAAAA